UAACACGGUAAAAUCAAAGUGAGAUAACCACCAGUACAGCCGUCAGAUGUGCUUUCUAUUUAUCUGUGCAGGGUCGGGACGGAUGUGAAGUACUGAAGUGGCCACGAUAUUUUGAGCCAAUCACAGAUUAAGACAUACACGGGACCAAUCCUCCGUGCUUGUUCCAGCAUUUCCUUCAAAACUGAUCAUCGCUAAAUCAAAUCUUUGCUUCGCUAUGUCGAAUGUCGACGCGGCUGUGGCCCUAACGUAGCUUAACAGACCUUGACAGCAGAUGGAGUUGACUGAGUGCAGAUCAACGUUGCAGAGAAAGAUUUCCGAGAUUCUUGUGCAAAAGUAUGACCCAGAUGAUCCAAUUCUCGAAUGUGGUCCUGCUCCGCUGUCGAUAAUAAAACAUCGCGCAGAUGACGUGCUUUCCCUCGCUCACGAGAAGCUGCAUGCGUUUCCGUAUCGAGAGGUUCCGGAGUGCUGGCGGAGAUUGUACACGGACGCAGCGCUGUGGAAGAUUCUCGCCCUCGAAAGUGACGAUUGGUUGUCAGACGUGGUGAAAUUACUUGAUAUGGCCAUCAUCCUGACCGGGGCUCCGAGACGAUAUGAGGCCAUCCAGUCUUUGUUUCACUGGUUACAACAAGUUUCACAGCCUAAAAUAGAUCGAUACGAAUACAUCGAACCAACUCAGGUCUCCGCUCGCCCUGCGGAGGAGGAAGAAGCGAGUGGAUUCCGAAAGCGCCGAAAAAUUGAGCAUGCGAUUUCUGUGUCCUUUCCCCAAGCACGCAUUUCACAACUGGAGUUACUAGAACCCAUGGAAAGACUGAGCAUCGCCUCUUUACCGGCAUUUCAGUUGCGCAUUAAUCAAGAUCAUGACAGGAAUAACAAGCAAGGGCCUGUGCCAUUCAUCAUCACUGGUGCACUGGUUCCUUGGCCUGCUAUUAGCGAGGAGGAUAGGAAGUGGUCAAAUCCACAACACUUGCUUGCCCGCACACUUGGCGGCAGACGUUUGGUGCCCGUGGAACUUGGAAGGAGCUACACUGACGAAGAUUGGGGCCAGAAGAUCAUGCCGUUUGGGGAGUUCCUCGUCAGUCACAUGCUUCAAGAUCCGCAGACGUCGCUGUUGGAGAGAAAGACGGGGUACCUGGCACAGCAUGACCUCUUCGCGCAGAUUCCUGAGCUGCGAGCGGACAUCGCCAUUCCGGAUUUCUGCUAUGCGACGGUGCCCGAGCCGCAGAGGGCAGAAAAGAGCGACGACGGAUCUAGAGAGGAGGCCGACGGCGACGACGACGCACUUGACAGAAACAUCAUGCUCAACGUUUGGAUUGGCCCGGCCCACACCAUCUCGCCGCUGCACACAGACCCGCACCACAACAUUCUCGCUCAGGUCUUUGGUAGUAAAUACGUGCGCUUGUACCCUCCGUGUCAGACUGAAAAUCUGUACCCACGAUCGAAGGAAGGGGACGUCGACAUGAGCAACACCAGCGAGGUCGACGUUGACAUGGCAAUGAAGGUCUUGGAAGGUCGAAGCCUUGAGCCGGCAUGCAACGAUCUAAAUAGACAGGCAGCGCCGACAGAUCAAGCUAUUGAAAAAGAGGUUUUUGCUAGGACGUUCCCGAAAUUCGCGGACGCAAACUACGUCGAAGGCAUUCUUGGACAGGGAGAAUGCCUUUUUAUACCCAGAGGCUGGUGGCAUUACGUCCGCAGCCUAAGUCCCAGUUGUAGUGUUAGCUUUUGGUGGGAUUGAAUGAAAACAGC